ACCAUAUUAGGAAUAACAUCAAAAAUGGUAAAUUUAGGAGUACUCGCCUUUCUGCUGAUCUUUACUAUUCUUAUUGUAGCGCAUGAAACUACAGAUUAUCUAUUAUGUGCAUGCAGAUACGAUUUGUAUAAUAGAAUAGUGACAGCAUGCAAGGAAAAACUUGAAAAAUGGGGUUACAGUUCCUAUCGUCUAUAUAACUUUGCAAUCUUCGAUGGAGAAAUUGGAAGAAAGUUACACGAUAAAUGCUGUCUGGACAAAUGCUUUAAUUCAAAUUUAAAUGAAGAUGCCGUGUGUAAACUUCUCACACCUUCUUCUUCAAUUAAAUAA